AUGCGUACCUUUACCUUCUUGAUCGCCCUGCUGGCCCUUCUGGUCGGUGUGUACAACUAUCUGGACGCCCGCCUGGAGCAAUUCUAUAUCUUUGAACCCAACCACCUGCACGACCUGUCCAAGCGUGCCAUUGCUACGCAUGGCGACAACACUCGUGCCGUCGUCGACUACAUUGUGGCGGAGUUGGAGCUGAAGGUUUCGUCGGUUCACGUCAACAAGGACGAGGAAUGGGUCUUUAACAACGCGGGAGGUGCCAUGGGCGCCAUGUACAUCAUUCAUGCCAGUAUCACGGAGUACCUGAUCAUCUUUGGCACCGCCAUCGGCACCGAAGGUCAUACUGGUCGUCAUACCGCUGAUGACUACUUCAACAUUCUGCACGGAACUCAGCUCGCCUACGUCCCUGGAUCCUUUGAGCCCGAAGUCUACCCCCCUGGUACCGUGCAUCACCUCCGCCGCGGCGAAGUCAAGCAGUACAAGAUGGAAACGUCAUGCUUCGCGCUGGAAUAUGCCCGUGGCUGGAUCCCUCCUAUGCUAUUCUUUGGAUACGCCGAUACCUUCACAAGCACCUUGGACUUCCCGACCCUGUGGGCGACGACGCGCAUCACUGCCCGUGAGAUGAUCUCCAAUCUGCUGAAGGGCAAGUUGUAA